UUUUAAGCUGUUUUGCGUUUUUUACGGUGAUAUAGUUCAUUAGUUAGUUACUCGUUGACUUGCAGUUUCUGAAGUUAUACAAUAUAUUUUCUGCAACCUGCAAUCUCAUCUCUUGUGGCGAUAACCCUAACCAGGAUAUUAAUUAUAUCAUUUUUUACUGUUCCAUUACUUCUUCCAAAGCUAUCUUUCUGUAAUAACCGCUCCUCUAAUUUAUCUCUCACUCUGACAUUUUCCCUCUCCUUAAAAAACCACCUCCCAAGCUUUGUCGCUUGCUUCAUCAAAGCCAUGACUUAAGAAUUUGAACUCCUUUCCCUUUGACUGGGCUCGUUUUUCGCGUGCCCUUCGUUAUGUUUAUUUACCGCGGGCUUUAUCCCCCCCCCACUUUACUUUCGAUACUCUCACGUUAUUUACGAGACUUGCCUCCAUUACACGGUGGUCAUUUUCGAUACUGGUCGUAUUGACGUUGACGACGUUGUAGUUGUACGUCUUCGAGGACUUCGAGAAUUAUAAGAAUUCUGCGACCUCAUAAGCGAGGUACAUAGAAGUCAAAGCAUAAUGGCUCCAGCUACAUCCUCUCAACGUAUUACUCGUCAGAAAUCUCGUGAAAUAUCUGUCAAUCUUAUACCUAAAGGGAAACUCAAACCUAGAAAAACUGUUAUGAAUAAAAGUUCAAAGAAGGUUAAUAUUAAUGCAAGAGAUGACAGUUUGAACCUAUCAAAGAAAAAUGUAUCUCUAAAAAACAAUCGAACACCAGUAAGAGGACGUUUACGUCCUCGGCAAACUAGAAAAAAUUAUUGCGAAGACUCAAGAUUAUUGCAGAAAUUCAUUUCAUCAAAGCAACAGGACAGUAGAGUGAUAAUAGAAAAGCUACCAGAAAGUGUAAAAGGUAACAUAAAAGUGCCUGUAUACAAAGUCAUAAAAUCUCCUGAGAAAUCCUCAGACAGAGAAGAUAAAGAUAUAUAUGAUUUUAAGUUUGACUCAAAUGAUACAAAAGAAAAAACUUCUAAAAAGAAACUAAGAAAAAGAAAUGUUAACAAAGAGAAAGGCAAAACAAUUAAGAAAACAACACGUAAGAAAGUUUUUGCAAAAACAACUGAUCAUAAGAUAGUUGAAUCUUCUAAGAUUGAUGUAAAUCUUUCUACGAAGAUUAUACAGAAUGAUCCUGCUUUAGAAUUUGUGACAGCUACAACAUCAACAAAGGGAAAGAAUAUGAAGAAAAUUGAAGCAAAUAAAAAUAUACAGAUACCAAAAGAAUCAGUAAACAGGAAUAUUGAAAAAGAUGUUGAAUCAUCAAGAGUAGAUGUAGAUAAUCAAACAAUUGAAAUAUUGUCAAAUGAUACAGGAGACAAUGUAGAGGCACCAAGAAUAGACAUAAAUAUUCAUGAAGCAACAACUUUACCUGGUACAUUUAUAGAACAAUCUAAAAAGGAAAAUAUAAAGAAGCCAAGAAUUAUUUCUAUCGAAAAUGCAAAUAAUAUCAUAGUCACUACAUCCCCACCUAAGAAAACUGAAGAUACACAGCCCUUUCGGCCAAAAAAUAUAUUUGAUAAUAAAACCUUAUCCAAGGAACACAACAGCACGUUAAGAUCUUCCAUGUUGAUUAAAACUUUGUCCCCCAUCUUGAAGACGUCAAACACCUUUGAUUGUGGAAGUCCCUGGCGACCUCCAAUAUUAACAUUCUCUAAAACCAAACAUUUUAUUCAAAGUACACCAUAUAAGAAUUUUGAAACAAAGAAAGAAAAUAAAAAAAUAAAGAAAAAGAGCAUAGAAACAAAUAAGGUCAUGGGACCAAAUAAGGAAAACAUUGAACUGUAUAAGGAGAAUAUGGAACUGAAUAAAGAGAACAUAGAAAUAGAUAAAGAAAAUAUAGAUAUGAAUAAGGAAAACAUAGGUCAAAAAAUCACAGGAAAAAGAAAGAGAAUUGCCAGUCCUCGCAAAAAGCAUGCAAUCCAAAAGAAACCUCCAAUUUCAGAGAAUCAGACUACACAGAAACUGCCGUUCGAAGUUGCAUGCAAGUUUUUUGUACAACCAACACCUAUUAGAAUAUCCCUGGGGGAAAUAAAGAAUGUUUUACUGAGACCGAAUGAUGUUGUUAAUGAAGAUAACAAACAAACAAUCGAGCCGACACAUACUGAAGUUAAUAAGUCGCUCAUAGAGCAAAAGAAAAAACUUGUAGAUGUUGCUAAUUUUUCCGACACAUUUGAUAUGUUGUCUGAAAGCGAGAAAAUAUCAAAUGUUGAAAAUGACGUUCCUUUAUUUAUGGAUUUAGAACCCUCACAUUUUUCGAAGCCACCCCGAUAUUCAUACAGGAGAAAACGUAUCGUGAAGUUCGAUGUUUCAGAAGGUGAUAGUAAUGAGGAGGAAAAAGAAAAUGACAAAUUGCAACAAAAGAAAAAGAAACUUACAAAAUUAGAAAAAGAGCGCGAGAAAAAAAUUAACAAUUGGAUAAAAACUAUUAACUCUACAUUCCAGGAAAUCGAAGAAUAUGACUUGGUGAUUGAAUAA